AUGGCUGUUCAGAGGAAUCAGUCGGGAUUUGUGAAAGGCCGUUUACUUUACGAAAACAUUAUUCUGGCUGCGGAAUUGGUAACUGACUUCAAUAAGAGUGGAGAAACCACAAUAGGAUGCCUACAAAUUGAUAUUUCCAAAGCCUAUGAUAAUGUGGAUUGGAAUUUUCUCCUGAAUAUCUUGGACGCUUUCGAGCUCCCGUCUAUCUUCAUUUCCUGGAUCAGGACCUGUAUUUCUUCUCCUCAUUACUCUGUCUCGGUCAAUGGUGAACUGGCGGGUUUUUUCAAAGGAGAGAAAGGGUUAAGGCAGGGAGACCCAAUCUCUUCUUCUCUCUUUGUGCUAGUGAUGGAUAUUUUCUCGAAACUCUUGGAUAAGGAGGUGAGUCAAGGAAGUAUUGGUAUACAUCCACUGUGUGAUGAUCCGCUAAUCACACAUCUCAGCUUCGCCAACGACGUAUUGAUUUUCUUUGACGGAUCUGAAGACUCUCUGAGGCACAUUCUUCAGGUUCUGUCACGUUUCAAACACUUUUCUGGACUUGCUUUGAGCUUAAGAAAAUCGUGUCUGUUUCUUGAUGGCAAUAAUGUGGAUCUUGCACGUCAUUUGGCUUCUCUCGUUGGACUCCAACACGGAUCCCUUCCUUUAAGUUAUCUUGGACUCCCUCUUAUGCCUCACAAGCUUCGUCAACAAGACUACCUUAAUUAA